ACUCCGACUCGAGACAUCGAGCCGGUGAUGAGAUAGUAAUCAGCUUAAUAAAUAAUAUUAAGAAGUUUUAUCAAUUGCGUGAUGUUGCUGUAGACUAGUCUAAAAGUAAUCGUUUGCUGGAGUUUAAGUUAAGGAAUAAGGCUGCGUUGUAACUAAAGGUCUGGAAAACAAUUCAAAAAAGUUUGUUCAAAAUCAGUGUUACAAGGAAGAAACUUUGUGAAUGAGUGCAGUGGAUGAAUGAUUGGAAAAUUCCUUAUUCUAGCUUAGAACAAGAAGAAAACAAAGAAUAGGCAAUUCCUGUCUGUGCGCUGUCACGGUGAAAUACAACAGAAUCUUCAUCGGGAUAUCGAUUUUGGUGCUGCUAAACGGUCACGUAACGCAAGAUAUUGUGAAAAUAGGAUACACUCCAACGAAGCGGGACGAAUAAAACAAUGUACGCAAUCUGCAAAAGCGGUGGAACCCUGGUCACCAGCAUACAAAGGUAUGGCGUGCGCUGUAUCGGCUCAAUCAUCCAGGAUAAUAAGCUGCCCGAGUUUCCCCUGGCCAACGAACCAGUGCUCGAAUACAGAAAAGGUUCGAAAGAGCGCAAAGAGUUAGAAGCUGCAUUGAAGAAAACUGCCAGCAAAGUUGAAGAUGUGCCCAUCAUCAUCGGCAGUGAAGAAAUUCGUACGAACAAUGUGCGCCAUCAGGUUAUGCCUCACAACCACAGCCAAAAGAUUGCCCAGUUUUACUGGGCAGAUAAGAAGCAGGUAGAGAAGGCCAUCAAAACCGCAACGGAAACGCAAGUCAAGUGGGACAGGACUCCCCUCGAUGAGCGAAUUAAGAUCUGGCAAAAAGCGGCCGAUCUUAUGGCAGGCCCAUAUCGGCAAGAGCUGAAUGCCGCCACAAUGCUCGGGCAGGCUAAGACUGUGAUCCAGGCGGAGAUCGAUUCCGCUGCAGAACUAAUAGAUUUUAUCAGGAUGAAUACAUUCUAUCUAAAGGAAGCAAGCAAAUAUCAACCCAUCAGUGAAAACGCUAAGGUAACGAAAAACUCGAUGAGAUUCCGUGGUAUUGAUGGAUUCAUUGCGGCUAUCAGUCCGUUCAACUUUACCGCAAUCGGUGGAAAUCUAGCAUACACACCAGCAUUAAUGGGCAACGGAGUGUUGUGGAAGCCCUCAGAUACAGCUCUCCUGUCCAACUAUAUAAUCUUCAAGAUCAUGCGCGAAGCUGGCGUUCCUCCAGGCGUCGUCAGCUUCAUCCCGACUGAUGGUCCAGUAUUCGGUGACACCAUCACCGCUUCGCCGCACCUGGCCGGAAUUAACUUUACCGGUUCUGUUCCCACCUUCAAUCGGUUAUGGCGCCAGGUCGGGGAUAACAUUAACAUCUAUAACAAUUUCCCACGUUUGAUAGGGGAGUGUGGUGGUAAAAACUACCACUUUAUUCACCCCUCGGCUGACGUGCAAUCGGUUGUGAAUGGAACGAUUCGAUCAUCGUUCGAGUUUUGCGGUCAAAAGUGCUCGGCCUGCUCUCGUAUGUACGUUCCCGAGUCUCUGUGGCCGAAGGUAAAGGAGGGCCUAGUGAAAACUCGCGAAACCUUGAAGAUCGGUGAUGUGACCGAUUUCAGCUGCUUCACUUCGGCCGUUAUCGACGAUAAGGCAUUUAGCCGGAUCAAAUCGUACAUCGAUCAUGCAAAGAAUUCGAAAAAUUUACAAAUUAUCGCUGGAGGCAAGUGUGACGAUAGCAAAGGCUACUUUAUCGAACCGACAAUCGUGCAGUCAACCGACCCGCAAGAUAAAAUCAUGGUAGAGGAAAUUUUCGGCCCAGUGCUGAGCGUUUACGUGUACAAGGAUAAGGAUCUCGAUCAAACCAUGAAGCUAGUCGGUAAUUCUACGCGUUUUGCUCUAACCGGGGCAGUGUUUUCAAAAGACGAAGCGUUCCUUAAACGAGCAUUAGAGGAGUUCAAACUGACUGCCGGAAAUUUCUAUAUCAAUGAUAAAUCUACUGGCUCCGUGGUAGGACAGCAACCAUUCGGCGGUGGACGAAUGUCGGGAACAAAUGACAAAGCCGGAGGUCCCCAUUACGUACUGCGAUGGUCGACACCUCAAUCAAUCAAGGAAACCUUCGUUCCGCUGUCAGAUGUCGGCUAUCAGUACAUGCGCGAAUAAGUUAAAUCUGCUUUUUAAUUAAGUUGGAGCUGAGAGAUGUUUUUUCUUGCUACGCAAUUAUCAACUAUAAUUUUUACUGCUUGAUCUGGCUUUACUAUUACACACGACGCGAGAGUAGCCUCGACUCACUGUGAUCUUAGCAGUUUGGCAGUCUACUGGUAACACAAACUACAUGUUCCCGGUAUCGCUGAUGAAAAGCUUUAUAAUUUCUCGAAAGUCUUUAUUCGUACUUUUUAUCGAUCACCCAGUUAUUUUAAAACCAGUUUAAGAUUAGAACACUAGUGUAUUGUGCAACAUUUGUAUAUGCACCAUCAUUUGGCAGUGCCCUUCAUUUUUAGCUUUUUUCUGAUUCUACGACGUUACUUUAAGCCUAAAGUAACUUUCCUUGUAAACGAAUUGUUACCGUGAUUGUUUCCUUUAGUUGUUGAUAAAUAAAUUUUGGUUUCAUGUUUUUACCACUGAUUGUUCAAUUAGUUUUUAGCAAUAAAGCACACAUAAUGGUAAUUCUUUAGAGGCAAAAAUAUCAAUUGACACUAACAAUUUAAACAUUGACAAUAUAAAGAUGAUCAGAAGAAAAAUGUUGAUAACAAAUCCUUCAUGUCAUACACUGAACAGGCACUAUCUAACAAUUUAGUAAAAACAUGCUAGCCAUUAUUACGAAGCUAUAACCACACGCGGGCGUCCGAAGCAAGGCGCCACAAAGGGGACUGCUUGGGAGUAUCAUUUCUCAAGUCCAACUGAAGGCAUGUGAACUAUAACCGCAGUUAAGUUUUAUUUGCCAUGUAGCCAAUAUGCAUUGUCCUCGAAAACCCUACGAAAAAUCUGAUGAGAACAGUCGAACAUUUUUGGAGCUGCUACCAAAACCAACGUGAUUUACGAAGUCUUUUAGUUAGAUACUAUGUAGUGGGCAUACAUACAAGCAUCGUUGUUUAACCAUGCGGAACGUUUCCUUUUUGCGAGCUCAUUACUGAUAUUCGGAAGCAGUCUGAGAUAUGUCCGCCACUCGAUCGAAACUCUUGUGUAUGUGUAGAGCAUAUGAAAUUAUCCUAGAUACGGUUGUACCGAGAUAAUUAUUAGCAAUUAAGAAGAUUUGGAAGUCGAGUUAAUAAAUGUUUAAACUGUC